AGCAGUCGGAAUAGUGAGACACACUUGCGCAGGUUGUCAUUCAAGUAUUAAAUAACCCGUACUCCUUCGUACCCAAUUAUUUAUUUUAACCGAAACCGAUCUUUCAUUGUUACUUAUACGUAUAAUUUAUCAAGGUGUUAUACCCAGGACUUAUGUCAGAAAGAAGUUAUGUUAUAUUCAGAUCCAAGAUUUUUUACUGCUCGAGGCUUUGAAACGAAGUAACAUUGAAGGUUUCCGGAAUAAACCAAAAAUAUGGCUCCAUCUGAUAGGAAUUCAGAUCAUUGGAAUGUUAAGCGGGAAAAUGAACAACUCGCUGAGCCAAUUGAUUAUGCGGAAAAUCAACAAAACGACAACAGCCAACCAGAAGAAAUCCAUGAGCUGUCAUUGGAACGAACAAACCAUCAACAAUUAUUCAGGAAUGUUGAGCUUCAAACAACGAUCAUCAACAACAGGGAACGUUUAUUUCUGCCAAUGAUCAAUAAUGUG